AUGCUUGACGAUGGCAUCAUCAAACCCUCGACAUCACCCUGGUCAUCACCAAUCUGGAUAGUUCCAAAGAAAAUCGAUGCAUCCGGGCAACGUAAAUGGCGCGCAGUCAUAGAUUACCGCCGUCUAAACGACAUCACUAUAGGAGAUUCCUAUCUGAUACCCAACAUAACAGAAAUUCUUGAUCAGUUAGGGAAAUGUAAAUACUUUAGCACCUUAGAUCUGGCUUCCGGUUUCCACCAGAUAAGAAUGUCGCCAGAAAAGGACGCUCCUAAAACUACCUUCUCCGCCCCGCAAGGACACUUUUAA